AUGGCUGACGACGACAACUUCGACAUUGACAUCUACGGUGAUGAUGAGCAAGAUCUCAAGCCCGAGCCUCAGCCCGAGGAAGAUCAGAAGCAACAGGGCACCGACUAUGACCCAGGUCUCGACGGCACCAACUAUGGCCAGCAGCCUAACGAACCCGAGACGGAACCUCCAAUAGACAAUGAUCUCAAACUGGAGGGUGAUCCCGACGAGAUGAAAGCACAAUAUGAAAAGAGUCACGGUGGUACAGAGUCUAGUGGCCUUCAAGAACAGCAACAAAUUCUCAGCACUACCGGUUCAUCGACCGACCAAUACAACGCCCCGAAACAAGCACCCACAGAACAAGGUACCAAACGCAAAGAGGGAGAAGACAAUCGUGAAGUGGAUCCGGGAGCUACAUCUGCUUUGAGGCUAGGAGAGCUCCAAUGGUGGAUCAGUGAAGAUGAUAUCAGAGGCUGGGCCAAUCAAUGCGGUUGCGAAGACGAACUCAAAGAGGUCACCUUCAACGAACAUAAGGUGAACGGAAAAAGCAAAGGAGAAGCCUUUGUUGAGCUUGCGUCGCCGCAGGCAGCAACGGCACUCAAACAUCGUGUCGACAGUUUCGGCGCAGACCAGCAAUAUGUCAAGAAACACACUUGCAUCUACGUACGACCUGAUUACAAUCCUUUCAAGACUUCGCCGAAGGAUGCACCACAACGCAACAAGGUGGUCGCCCCGGGUGCGUACAACAAUGGACCUGCCUUCCAGUCUGGUGGAGGUUUCCGUGGCGGUCGCGGUGGCUACAACCGUGGCGGUAUGAACAACAUGAACACUGGCAUGAACAUGGCUGGUAUGGGUCGCGGUGGCUUCAACAACCCCCAGAUGAACAUGAUGGGCGGGUUCAAUGGAGGAGCGAUGGGAGGCAACUUCAACAACAAUAUGAUGGGUGGCUUCAACAAUGGUAUGGGAGGCUUCAACAACCGAGGCGGCAUGAUGGGCGGCAACAUGCGUGGAGGUUUCCAAAACAACCGCGGCCGAGGGGGAAUGAUGAUGCCUAACAUGAACAUGGGCAUGGGAAUGGGUAUGAAUAACAUGGGCAACAUGAACAACAUGGGAGCUAUGGGUGCCAUGGGUAUGGGUAACAUGAACAUGGGAGGUUUUGGCAACAACACGCAAGGAGGACACUUCAACCCAGGCUUCUUCGGCAACGGAGGUGCAGCGAACGGCAACUCAUCGGGUGGCAGCAUGUCGCCUGGUGGCAAUCCCCAUGGUGCUAAAAGACCUCGACCGGAAUAG